GCGGGCCGCGGGCGGUGGCGGAGGACACUGAUUCUCUGAAGUUGCCCCACAGCCGAACAGCUGUGCCUAGCUUUUCCCUACCCAGGUUAUCUUUGACAUCAAUCACUGGUGGCUUCCAGGGGCUCCCCUAAAUGCUCUGUAAGCAGAGGCUGAAAGUUACCCACUGCAGGAGUCAGAGCUAACAGGGAGAGGACUCUUUAUGUUAGAAACAUAAGCUGUGGCUUCUUUUUAUAUUCAUUCUGCAUUUCUGAAUAAGAGACCAGCUGUGCCAGUCACUGUUUCUGGUGAGUACCAGUCUGAUGCAAGCGGGCAGGGAGAAAGGCUUUCUUGUUAGUCUCUUGGGGCUUUGUCUAUAUUCUUUAAAUCAAAAUAGAUACCAGUAUAUUCCUCUGAAAUUAGAGGCACAUGGCCAGGGAGCUUGGACACCCACGUCCUUUAACUGGCUGUGUCUUUCUUGUAGGCAAGCUCUGUGGGCAGCUGGUUAUAAUCAGGAAGUUGUAUGGCGAACUCAGGAGUCACAGCUGGGAAGUUUUGUUUUCCGGGCGUGUUUUUUAAUAGCAUCUGCCUGGGAGAGAGCAUCAUCUCCACCCUAGGGGCAAAGCUGCUACCAGGACCAGGCAGGACCGGCCUCACAUGUGCCUCUUACUAGUGCUUUCUGUGUCUCAGCCAAGAGAAUACGAUCCAGGUUGGGUCAGGAUCCAUAGCCAGUGUCGGGAUUCGGUGCUUGGAAGCUUUCUUUUCUUUGGUGUUCUUCGGGAGCAGCCCUCAGGAACUCCUUGGGGCAUUUGGUGGAAAGGCCACCAAAGGGAUUUUUGCCUGCUGGAGCUACAUGUGGUGUCCCUCCGGCCAGGUGUGUGUGGAGGCCAUUAUGAAGCUGAAAAAGCAGGUGACAGUGUGUGGGGCUGCCAUCUUCUGUGUGGCUGUCUUCUCACUCUACCUCAUGCUGGAUCGAGUGCAGCAUGAUCCCACCCGACACCAGAACGGUGGGAACUUCCCCCGGAGUCAAAUUUCUGUGCUGCAGAACCGCAUUGAACAGCUGGAGCAGCUGUUGGAGGAGAAUCAUGAGAUCAUCAGCCACAUCAAGGACUCUGUGCUGGAGCUGACGGCCAACGUGGAGGGCCCACCUGCCCUGCUGCCGUACUAUAUGUCCAAUGGCUCCUGGGUGGUGCCACCAGAGCCCCGACCCAGCUUCUUCUCCAUCUCCCCUCAAGACUGCCAAUUUGCUUUGGGGGUCCGGGGCCAGAAGCCAGAGCUGCAGAUGCUGACUGUAUCAGAGGAGUUACCAUUUGACAACGUGGAUGGCGGCGUGUGGAAGCAAGGCUUUGACAUCUCUUAUAGCCCGCACGACUGGGACACUGAAGACCUGCAGGUGUUUGUGGUCCCUCACUCUCACAAUGACCCAGGCUGGCUCAAGACCUUUGACAAGUACUACACAGAGCAGACACAGCACAUUCUCAACAACAUGGUGUCCAAGCUGCAAGAGGACCCCCGGCGGCGCUUCAUCUGGGCGGAAGUCUCCUUCUUCGCCAAGUGGUGGGACAACAUCAAUGCCCAAAAGAGAGCAGCAGUCCGAAGGCUGGUGGGAAACGGGCAGCUGGAGAUUGCAACAGGAGGCUGGGUAAUGCCGGAUGAGGCCAACUCCCACUACUUUGCAUUGAUUGACCAGCUCAUUGAGGGACACCAGUGGCUGGAGAAAAACCUCGGUGCAACCCCGCGCUCAGGCUGGGCAGUGGACCCCUUUGGAUACAGCCCCACCAUGCCUUACCUGCUGCGCCGUGCCAACCUGACCAGCAUGCUGAUUCAGAGGGUACAUUAUGCUAUCAAGAAGCACUUUGCUGCCACCCACAGCCUGGAGUUCAUGUGGAGGCAGACCUGGGAUUCGGACUCCAGCACAGACAUCUUCUGCCACAUGAUGCCUUUCUACAGCUAUGACGUCCCCCAUACAUGUGGCCCGGAUCCCAAGAUCUGCUGCCAGUUUGAUUUCAAGCGCUUGCCCGGGGGGCGCAUCAACUGCCCUUGGAAGGUGCCACCCCGGGCUAUCACAGAGACAAAUGUGGCCGAGAGGGCAGGCCUGCUCCUGGACCAGUACAGGAAGAAGUCCCGGCUCUUCCGAAGCAACGUCCUCCUGGUGCCGCUGGGCGAUGACUUCCGAUAUGACAAGCCCCAGGAGUGGGAUGCCCAGUUCUUCAACUACCAGCGGCUCUUCGACUUCCUUAACAGCAAGCCUGAUCUCCACGUGCAGGCCCAGUUUGGCACCCUCUCCGACUAUUUUGAUGCUCUAUACAAGAGGACAGGGGUGGAGCCAGGGGCCCAGCCUCCAGGGUUUCCUGUGCUGAGCGGGGAUUUCUUCUCCUACGCGGACCGGGAGGACCAUUACUGGACAGGCUAUUACACUUCACGGCCUUUCUACAAGAGCUUGGACCGCGUCCUGGAAGCGCACCUGCGGGGGGCAGAGAUUCUGUACAGCCUGGCUGUGGCUCAUGCCCGGCGCUCUGGAGUGGCCAGCCAGUACCCGCUCUCAAACUUCGCCCUUCUGACGGAAGCUCGGCGCACACUGGGACUCUUCCAGCACCACGACGCUAUCACUGGCACUGCCAAGGAGGCAGUUGUUGUGGACUAUGGGAUCAGGCUUCUGCGCUCCCUUGUCAACCUGAAGCAGGUCAUCAUUAACGCAGCUCACUAUCUGGUGCUGGGGGACAAGAAAAGCUACCGCUUUGACCCUGAGUCACCCUUCCUGCAAAUGGAUGACACCCGCUUAAAUCACGAUGCCCUACCAGAGCGCACAGUGAUCCAGCUGGAUUCCUCACCCAGGUAUGUGGUGCUGUUCAACCCACUGGAGCAGGAACGGCUCAGCAUGGUGUCCCUUCUGGUCAGCUCACCCCGGGUGCGGGUCCUUACAGAGGAGGGUCAGCCCCUGGCUGUGCAGGUCAGCGCGCAUUGGAGCUCUGCCACUGACAUGGUCCCUGACGUCUACCAGGUGUCUGUGCCCGUCCGCCUGCCGGCGCUGGGCCUGGGCGUGCUGCAGCUGCAGCUGGGUCUGGACGGGCCCCGCACCCUGCCCUCCUCCGUGCGUGUCUACCUGCAUGGGCGGCAGCUGUCCGUCAGCAGGCACGAGGCGUUCCCUCUACGCGUCAUUGACUCUGGCACCAGCGACUUCGCCCUCAGCAACCGCUAUAUGCAGGUCUGGUUCUCAGGCCUCACUGGGCUCCUCAAGAGCAUCCGAAGGGUGGACGAGGAGCAGGAGCAGCGGGUGGGCAUGGAGUUCCUCAUCUAUGGCACCCGCUCGUCCAAAGACAAGAGUGGAGCCUACCUCUUCCUGCCUGAUGGCGAGGCCAAGCCCUACGUCCCCAAGGACCCUCCCGUGCUGCGCAUCACGGAAGGCCCUUUCUUCUCAGAGGUGGUGGCCUACUAUGAGCACGUUCACCAGGUAGUCCGGCUUUAUAACCUACCAGGGGUGGAGGGGCUGUCUCUGGACGUGUCAUCCCUGGUGGACAUCCGGGACUGCGUCAACAAGGAGCUGGCCCUGCGCCUCCACACAGACAUUGACAGCCAGGGCACCUUCUUCACGGACCUCAAUGGCUUUCAGGUGCAGCCCCGGCGGUAUCGGAAGAAGCUGCCCCUGCAGGCCAACUUCUACCCCAUGCCGGUCAUGGCCUGCAUCCAGGACGCACAGAGCCGCCUCACGCUGCACGCUGCCCAGGCCCUCGGCGUCUCCAGCCUCCACGAUGACGCGGCAGGCAGACCUGGAGUCUGCCCCCACGUAGAACCAGGGCCGGAAGCGUGUGUUCCAGUCACAACAAAAUCCGCCCACCUGAGAAGACCUGGCCCGGGCCAGCUGGAGGUGAUCUUGGACCGGCGACUAAUGCAGGACGACAACCGAGGCCUGGGCCAAGGGCUCAAGGACAACAAGAGAACCUGCAACCAUUUCCGUCUCCUGUUGGAACGGCGAACCCUGGGCAGGGAGGUCCAAGAUGGCCCCUCUACCAGCUACCCAUCCCUCCUCAGUCACCUGACUUCCAUGUACCUGAACACCCCUGUGCUCGCCCUGCCCGUGGCCAAGAGGCAGCCCCCAGGCCCUGCUCUGUGCUCAUUUCGUCCUCUGGCCUCCUCUCUGCCCUGUGACUUCCACCUGCUCAACCUGCGGACGCUCCAGGCAGAGGAUGAUAGCUUGCCCUCAGCCGAAACUGCGCUCCUCUUACACCGCAAGGGUUUUGACUGUGGCCUCGAGGCCAAGAACUUGGGCUUCAACUGCACCACAAGCCAAGGCAAGGUGGCCCUGGGGAGCCUCUUCCGUGGCUUGGAUGUGGUUUUCCUGCAGCCAACCUCCUUGACAUUGCUGUACCCCUUGGCCUCGCCCUCCAACAGCACUGACAUCUAUUUGGAGCCCAUGGAGAUUGCCACCUUUCGCCUCCGCCUGGGCUAGGGCUUCUUGUGGCCUGAAGAGAAAGUUCAUCCACAGAGACGGCCUUUUCACAUAAGAUCGGGUUGGACAUGCCACCCUGGGUCUCCUGUCCUGAUCUACCUCUCAGAACUGUGACAGACUGGGCUCUGCCCUCAUUUUCUCUUUAUCGUUGCUUCUGUGUUCGGGGGCAACCCACAGCCCAGUGUUGGGUGGUUAGGGCAGGCGCCAGUGAGUUGUAGGAGAGAAGGCCCUUGGUCAGAGUGGGUGGUGCCAGCCUCUGCUUUGGGUUGUGCGUGUCCACCUAGUUGGGUGCAGGCUCAAGCACCCAUCCUUUCCCCUGAAUGGGAUGGAGGAGAAGCAGGGGAGCCUGAGUGGGUAAUAGCCCAGCGUCAGGGUCACAGUAGGCAAGAGCUGGCUCUCGGGGAGUCCUGUGGUUGUGUAAGGGCUACAUGUCCUGGUGUGACAGGCAGGAGCAGAGCGCUGCCAGGAGGAGGGGGCUGGGGACCGCGAGUUAGCAGUGGGGUGGAGGAGUAGCAGGAAUCGCUGCUUUCUGUGACGGCUCCACUCUUAGUGCUCCCUGACCCUCACGCCCUGGCCAGGCGCUGCAGUGUGGCAGGAAGGACUCAUGAAGACUGUCGUGACCGGAGCUCAUGGGACACUUCAGGUACCAAAACCCCAUCUCAGACUGGGCACUUGGUCUGUGUGUUGAUUUGUGGAAUGGUGGCAGAGGCCACCCUACUUGACUCCUCUUUGGUUCCUGCACUCUGUACACCACUGUCCUGAAGAGCUGCUUCCCAUCAUGGGGGCGUUUGAUCGGGCAUGUUUCCUUUCCCUGGAAAGAAAGUGAAGCCUCCAGCUUGCGGUGGGCAACUCGAGAAAGCUUUCGUCAUCAUUCCUACAGUCAGCCCUUAAGCUUCGCCUUGUUCAUCCUUCCACAGAAGUAUUCACUUCCUGGUGCGGGGACUAGGGAGAUGUACACUAAAUUAGGAGGCACCGUGGCUGCUCAUUAGCCUUCACUGCAGCUUCGAUUAUUAGAAAAAAAUUUAUGAUAGCCUCUAGAGAUGCUGAAACGAUAUUUGGUAAAAUUUAAAAUCUAUCCCUUAUUAAACUCUUAGUAAGUUAAGAUUACAAAGAAACAUCCUAACCUAGAUAAAGGUGUCUCUAUCUGAAACCAACAGUCAGUGGCAUUCUAAAGAGUCAGAUACCACCGGCAUUCCCAGUAAAGUCAGAAAUUAGUCAAGGACAUACUAUUAUUUAGCUGUGUUCUGGCACUACUAAACCCCUGCAGUGUGGCAGAUGAGAGAGAUGAGGGAGGGUUACAGAACGCCCAACCUGUACAAUCCAGCAGGAUCAGCUGAAGACCUUAACAGAGCAAACAAGGCACAUCACGUUUCUAUAAAGAUUCUGGUUCUCUCCAGAUCAGCUUAUAAAUUCAAUGUAUUCCAGUGAGAUUGGAUACUUUUUGGAAUUUAAUGGGUUCUAACAUUCAUUUGGAAGACUAAAUGUGUGAGAAUACCAAGAAAAUUCUGAAUGACAGUGAGUCUGGGGCGGUGGUGCUCAGGUGGGUAAAAGACACUUGUCCUACGAGAUUUCCCAGGGGACUCUCGAUCGACCGUGAGUUCAGUCAGUGUGACGUGGAGUGGGAUCAGACUGCUGGACCCAAAGGGAGAGCCUAGCAUCAGACCCAGGUGUGAGGGGAUUUGGUACAGGACCCAAGGAGUAUUUUAAGUGGGAAAAAGAUGGACUAUUUAAUAAAGAGUACUUUAAGAUAACUGCCUAUCUAUUAAAGUAAGAGUUCUCUACCUCACAGUUUCCACAAAAAUUAGCUCUAGAGAGAAAAAACAAAAAAAUUACAGAAUUACUGAGGAAAAUAUAGGAUAUUUUUAUACCUUUGGUGUGGGAAGGUCUUUUCUAAACAACAUGAAACCUAAAAGAUAUAAUAAGGGAGAAGAUAAACAGAUUUUACCACCAAAAAUAUAUUGAAAGUUUGCAUAUGAUGGAAACCACCAAGGUUAAAACACAAAUGACAGAUUUGGGAGAAAAUAUUUGCAGCACUUCAAAAAUUGGUGAGUACAGUUACUUUAGGAGAAUAGCUUGCUUUGGGCUCCUUGGAGCAAGUCACUGGGGCCUGCUAAGCAGCGACCUAAAGAUUCAGCAGUGACCAGCUGAGUUCUUCCAGGUCAUCCAAGGGCAUUGCUGCCAGCACCAGGCCAGGGCGCGUGGAAUCCUAUCUACAUCGUAGUGAAAGAAUGAAGUUUAUCAGUGUGAAGUGCUUAGCACAGUGCCUGGUACAUAUAAGAGCUCAGUAAAUAUGAACUAUAAUCAUAUUAGUAAAGGAUUCUAAGCGGUUACACCAUAGCAGGCGUUAUUUGCAAGUAUAAUGUAAUUUGUAAUCAAAUGAUAAGGGAGAAUCUGUGAACCCCCGAGGAAAUUAGCAGAAUAAAGGCUGUUCUCUCUGGAGGUCUUAGAUGUGCAGUGAAGUUAUUCAUCUGCCAGGAACUGAAAUGUUUACUCCUACACACUGGCCUUUUAGAACUCCAUAAGGCAGCAUUGCUCAAGGUGUGGUCCAGAAUCACCAGAAUUCCUUGUUGGAAGUCCAGCUUCCUGGCCUGCCCUGACUGGGGCUCCUCCUUCAGCCCGCAGGCUGAAAUGGGCAUCUGUGCGGCAGAGCCACGGAUCCCGGAGACCGACCUGUAACAAGAGCAAAACCCAAAGCCCUUCCUUAGUGCACGAGAGGAGAGACGGAUUCCUUAGCAGAACCUAUUGGACCAGUCUCUGGGAGGAGGGGCCAAAGAAUCUGCAUUCUUAACAAGCUCCCAGGUGAGUCUUCUGCACACGUAAUUUGGAAAGGGGCCUACUAUUUUAAGGCUAGCGGCAACACUUUCCCACGGGGCUCUGGCCCUGAGGCCUCACAGUUCUGAGGGUUACAUCAAAACCGGAACGGGAUCCCUUAUAUAUACUUGAGAAAGUGUGUGCAGUUCAGGAAAGUGGAUUACUUGUGCUUGAUUGAAAUUUUUUGAAUGUACUUUUCAGCUUCCAUUUCUUAAAGGACAUUCAAUUUUACAGUUAUUUAGAUCCCAUUUGUUGCAAGUAUUAUUGUCUUAUGAACUCUGAUAACUGUACCAUCUCCAUUCUGACAGACUUCCCUUUAUGGUAUCAAGUAGGAAAAAAGAUAUCUCUUUUGCCCUUUGUAGAAAAAUGCACCUUUCCAGUUCAAAAAUGUUUAAAAAUUAAAUUAUGUGUAUAUGUAA